GGUAAUUAAAGGGAAAAGAAGAUGAGAAAAUUAUGUCCACUUGACCAGUGAUAUUAUGUACACAUACUAUACUUUCAUUCAUCUAUCAACAGUACUACCUCUCCUUUUCACCAUAAACAUUGAAUUUAGUAGAGCAAGAUGUAAUAAUGCAGAAUAUGAAAUUAAUGGAGAGUGUUGCCCAAUGUGUGAUCCAGGAAAGCGAGUUAAAACCCACUGUGAUGAGGAGACAAGCACAACAUGUUAUUCAUGCCCUGCGAUGACAUACACCAAUGUUCCAAAUGGAUUCACUGAAUGUCUGCCAUGCUCUGUCUGUGAUCCCAAUAACGGGCUAAGAGAAAAGCAGGCCUGCACGUCAACAUCAGAUACAUUGUGUGGACCUCUGACACAUUAUUACUGUGUAGACCAGCUCUUCAACUGUAAAAAAGCCAUAAAACAUUCAACCUGCUCACCUGGACAAUACAUCAACCAAACAGAAUAUGAGGUAGAAGAGCGAUGCUGUCCCAUGUGUGCUCCUGGAACCCAUGUUCUCUGGCACUGCACACAGGAUAAAAUCACAACUUGUGUUCCAUGUCUUGAAUCUACAUUUAUUUCUGAACUCAAUGGACUCAUGAACUGCUUUCCUUGUACUAUAUGUGAUGCAAGCCGAGGAUUAAGAGUGAAUAAAGGCUGCAGUCAGUCAUCAGAUACUGUUUGUGAGCCACUGGAGAGAUUUUACUGCAUUGUCAAAAAGAAAAGCAGCUGUACUUCUGCUCUGCAACACUCUAAAUGUAGACCUGGACAAUACAUCAAACAAGCAGGCACCAGCUCCACAGAUACCGUAUGUGCAGACUGUACAGGAGACACAUAUUCAAAUGGAUCUUUCUCAUCCUGCUUGCCGCACACAAAAUGUGAGGCCAUGCGACUUACCGAAAAAAACCCAGGCACACAUUCAUCUGACACUGAAUGCGGAAAACCAUAUAAUUCUUUAACAAUCAUUGCUCCAAGUGUUAUAGUUACCUUAACAAUAAUCACAUGUGUCAGUGUUUUCUCAGUCACAUGUUUUUGCAAGAGGAAACGAAAAAGAUCAGUAGUUGGUGGCAAAAUAAAGUCCUAAAAAUCUGGAAAUGACUGCAGUAUAUUAUACAUUCAGAACUGGCCUGACACCAUCUGACAAGAAGUUGUCUAAACUCACUGCAAUGGCUGAAGCAAAACCCUUAAACCAUCACCUGUACAGCAAGAUCAUUUUUUAUUAUUACUGUGUAUGUAGGUAUGUGUAUGUAUGUACUGUAGAAUUUAAUUAUGUAAAAAAAGAGAUUUUGCAUUGUAAUGUUAAGCUUAUGCAGAACUUAUUUGUGAAGAAGAAAGUAAUAUGUAGCAACAAUAUAUGCACAUCUAAGGAAAGAUCACUUUCUGUACAGCCCUUAUUUACAAGAACAAAUAAAAUCGUGUUUAAUAAAA